CAGCAUCUAGUUGUCCACUUGACAACCUUGCUUUUUCUUUUCUCUCUGAUGCUCCUACAAAAAUCAGAUUCUCUCUCUUUUCCCACAAGCAAUAAAAAAUGGAACCCGAAUAACAUAACAACAUUCUCCACUAAAACGACACCGUCUCAUUUCCUUGACGCCGAAGCUUCCAACCAUUCGACACCCACACUCUCACCCCUCGCCAUAAACCCAAACAAAAUAAUAAAAAGUUAAAAAAUAAAAAUCAAGAAGCAAAAAAGAAAAUGGGUUGCUACGAAUCAAAAAUGGAGAACCAAGAAACCAUAUCAAACAGCAAAGACCGUAACUACUUCAUGAAACAGACAGUUACCUUCCGUAACAACUUCGCAUCCGCCCACUCCUCCUACGCCGCUUCACUCAAAAACACCGGCGCCGCUCUCAUCGACUUCGCUCAAGCCGGCGAACACCAAAACUUUCAAUUCUCUCCUUCCUACGAUCUUCCUCCCUUGCCUCCUCCUCCUCUUCCUAAUUUCCCCGCUGCUCUCCGCCGUGCUAUCACCAUGCCGGAUAUUCAAUCCGAUACGGUAGAAACCGCCGUGGAAGAGGUUGAUGAUGAAGAUGAAGAAACUGAAGGACGUGGUUUGAGAAAUAAUGAGAGGAAGAAUUGUGUGAUUCAGGUGUUGAGUGAAGUUGAUAAUCGUUUUAUAUUGGCUUCUGAAGCUGCUCGUGACGUUUCCAUAAUUCUUCAGGCUACUCGUCUUCACUUUCGUUCCAAUUUUUCUGAUACCGGAGGAAAUGUUGAUUACUCUGCAAGGGUGAUGCGAGUUGUAACAUGGGACCGAUCCUUUAGAGAAACACCAAAUGUGGAUGAAGUGAAAGAUGAUUUUGACUCAGAGAAACAUGAAACUCUUGUUAAUGUAUUAGACAAGUUGCUGGCAUGGGAAAAGAAACUUUAUAAUGAAGUUAAGGCUGCUGAGUUAACAAAAUCUGAGUACCAAAGAAAGGUUGCCACUCUCAUCAAGCUAGAAAAAAGAGGUACAAACAAUGAAGCAUUGGAGAAAGCAAAAGCAGUCAUCAGUCAUUUGAAUUCAAUGUACAUUGUAGAUAUGCAAUCAUUGGAUUCAACCGUCUCUGAGAUAAAUCAUUUACGCGAUCAACAGUUAUACCCAAAACUUGUUCAGCUUGUUGAUGGGAUGGCCACAAUGUGGGGAAUCAUGCAUUCCCACCAUGAGAAGCAGUUAAAUAUUAUGAAGUUAUUGAGAUCAUCGGAUUCUCAGUUUCCUUUGGAAACAAGUGAGCACCAUCAUGAUAGAACAUAUCAGUUAUUACUUGUUAUGCAAGAAUGGGAGUCACAGUUUCAAAAGUCGAUAAACAAUCAAAAGGGGUUCAUAAAAGCCUUAUACACUUGGUUAAAACUGAAUCUUACACUCCUUAAUGAUAGUGAUAUAAAGGAAAAUAUUUCUUCACCAAAAAGUUGUCCUAUACAAAUCCUUCUUCAUGCUUGGAAUGAUCGUCUCGAGAAACUUCCUGAUGAAUUUGCUAGAAUUGCCAUAGCAAACUUUGUUGCUGCAGUAGAUUCUCUUUAUCAACGACAACAAGAGGAGUUGGUUCUAAAGAGAAAAUGUGAUGAGAUACGAAAGGAGUACACGCGGAAAAGCACACAAUUUGAUCAGUGGGAGAGCAAAUAUAGCAAAAGGAAAAGACUAGAUGAGUUUGAUCCAAAUAGAACAGAAGGUGAUUGUAAUGAGGCUGAUGAGGUUCUUAAGGAGAAGAAGAGACUUUUGAUUGAACUAGAGAAGAGGUUGGAUGAGGAAAAAGAUGCUUUUGAAAGACAUUGCUUACAUGUUAGGCAAAAAUCUUUAAGGUGUCUCAAAAAUGAUUUGCUAGAGCUCUUUAGGACUAUGACAGAUUUUUCUCUUGAAUGUUCUAAAAUGUAUAGUGAAUUAAGUUAUGUAGUACAUAAAUUAAGAUUGGCACAAAGCUCAUCAUGAGAAUUGGUUUGUGUAUUAAUUUUGUUGAAGGAGAAGUAAUGAUAUAGACUAUUACACUUGUUCUUGA